AUGAAGCUCCAGUUCACAGCCAAAGCCAGUUCCAUCCUCGGCCUUCUCCUAACACGGAGCGCGCAAGCCAGCUUCUACGUCUGCACCCAGGAGAACUUUGUCGGCCUCUGCCAAGAAUACUCGCUCCCCUACAACGAUUGUCAUGACUUCGAAAGCGGUUUCUUUAGAAAGGUCGUUUCGGCCGGGCCCGACCCGAAGUCCGGGAGCUGCACCGGCGCCGAGCUCAGCCUGCGCUAUCCCGGAAUGUUGAACCUGGGAGACUGGAAUAACAAGGCCGCAUCUUUCAACUGCGCCGCACAGUGA